UGUCAUUUUCAUGUUUGUUUUUUUUGUUCUUCUGAAGUGAGUCACCGUUACUUUCUCUCGUUGGUUAUCGGUGUGGGUGGGUGAUCCAAAGAGGCUCAGAAAAGGGGCAACUUCGCAACUCGUGAAUCGAUUACUGUGCAAAUCGUCGAUUCUUUCUAAAACAUAGUGGGCACUGGUCACGCUUUAGAGUUCUGGUUGAGGGAUUGAAGCGUAAUUAGGUGGAGGAGGAUGGCUUGUAGGGGUUGCUGGGAAUGCCUUUUGAAGCUUUUGAACUUCAUUAUGACCCUUGCUGGUCUGGCCAUGGUGGGUUACGGGAUUUAUUUGUUUGUUGAAUACAAUAAAGCUUCGGAUGAUACUCUCACUGUCGGUGGUGAUCAAACUCUACUUCAACUUGGCCGACCCAUGCUAGUGGCUGUGUCUCUGUCCAACAGUUUUUUAGAUGAUUUGCCCAAGGCUUGGUUCAUUUACUUAUUUAUUGGAAUUGGUGCAGUCCUCUUUGUCAUUUCUUGUUUCGGUUGUAUUGGAGCUGUGUCACGGAACGGGUGCUGCCUGAGCUUUUAUUCAGUUUUAGUGUUGUUGUUGAUCUUAGUAGAGCUGGGAUUUGCAGGCUUUAUAUUUUUUGACAAAAGCUGGAAAGAAGAAAUUCCUACAGACAAAACUGGGGAUUUUGACAUGAUAUAUGGAUUUUUGAGAGAGAACUGGAAUAUUGUGAAAUGGGUUGCUCUUGGAAUUGUUAUCUUUGAGGCCCUUCUUUUUGUGUUGGCCCUUAUUGUUAGGGCUGCCAAUAGGCCAGCAGAGUAUGAUAGUGACGAAGAGUACAUUAAUCCAAGGCAGCAGUCCCGUCAGCCUUUGCUCAACAGACCAGCAGGCCCAGCAUCAGGUGCACCAGCUGCUGGCACACUUGAUCAGCGUCCAAGCAGAAAUGAUGCUUGGAGUACACGGAUGAGGGAGAAGUACGGGCUGGACACUUCAGAAUUUACUUACAACCCAUCAGAAUCACACAGGUUCCAGCAAGUAAACUCACAGCCAACUGAAGAAAGGAGCCGCUGCACCAUUAUGUGAUCACUUUGCAUUGCUCCAAAACCACAGCAUACUGAAUUUCAAUGAUUGUUUUUAUGGGCAAUGACGUUGAGGUUAAGUUUGUCAGAAAACUCUCUUUCUUUCCUUGGUUUCUGUACCAUUCGCACUUCACUGGAUCUCCAUUUCUUUUUUCCAAGACACGGCAGCAGCAUCUUCAUUUUGUUGUGUGUAAACAUUCUGCCGAGUGAACAUAAAAAUUUAUUUUCUUUGUUAUGUUCAUAGUUUAGGGGAGAAAAUGAAGUCGGUUUUCGUUAUAAUGUGAUUGUUGGCUGGAAACCAGUGCUUUAUACCUUCCUUAUUUUGAAUUGGUGUCAACUGAUCCUUGUGUCACUUGUGUUGUGUGUAUGAUUAUGUGGGGAUAUUCGCGCACAAAUUCAAAUAUACUACCACCUGCAUCCAGGUGUUCAUUUUGUGUGAAAGUUUAGUGGCAUUAUUAAACUGGUGUUGUGUGAUGUAAUAACGCGCAAUACUUGAUCAGAAAA